AUGGCUUCCCUGGACGACAAGACCGCACCCAUGGCUCACAACGAAGAUAUUGAAUCUGCCCGCAAUCCGUCGAAGGACUCCAUUAGCCAGGACCGGAAAGCCUCCGUAAAACAUGGUGAUCGAGCACUGGCAAUCGUGGGCGAUCAGCGAAUCGAGCUCACAGAAGAAGAUAAUCGACGAAUUCGCCGAAAGACUGACAAAGUCAUUCUCUCCAUCCUUGUCUGGGUGUAUUUCCUCCAGAUUCUCGACAAAUCCGUACUUGGCUACGGCGCUCUUUUCGGCCUACAACAGGACACCCACCUUACUGGAAACCAAUAUUCCUUCCUGGGUUCUAUUGCCCCGAUCGCCCAGCUGGCCUGGCAGCCGUUCUCUUCCUUCUUGAUCGUCAAGGUCCCCCACCGGAUUCUGAUGCCAGCUCUCUGCCUGGGUUGGGGUAUCGCACAGGCGUGCAUGGCUGCAUGCCACAAUUACGGCUCCUUGCUGGCCGCUCGCUUCUUCCUCGGUCUUUUCGAAGCCGGCUGUCUCCCGCUCUUCAGCGUCAUUACCAGCCAGUGGUAUCGCCGGGCUGAACAACCGCUGCGCGUUGCUGCUUGGUAUGGCACCAACGGCAUCGCCACGAUUGUGGCCGCAGCUCUCUCGUACGGUCUUGGACACAUUCGUUCCAACGUCAUGCAAGAAUGGCAGAUCAUCUUCCUGUUUGUCGGUCUGGUGACCAUCUGCUCGGCCCCAGUUGUGUGGUGGUUCCUCGACAACGAUAUUCCUUCGGCGCGCUUUUUGGACGACCACGAGAAGGCGCAAGCGAUUGAACGUCUUCGUGCCAAUCAAACCGGCACAGGAUCCCGCGAAUUCAAGUGGAGCCACAUAAUGGAGCUUGCCAUCGAGCCCAAGACAUACCUCUGGAUCGGAUUGGCACUUUUGCUCAACGUGGGCGCUUCCGUCACCAACACUUUCGGCCCGCUCAUUCUCCAGGGCGUCGGGUUCGACAAGUACAAGACCUCACUGCUCAACAUGCCAUUUGGAGCCAUGCAGACCUUGGUCAUUCUUUUCGCCUCAUGGGCAGCACAAAAGGCCAAACUCAAAUCGGCCGUCCUCGCCGCCCUCAUGCUUCCCGUCAUUGCGGGUCUCGCCGUGCUCUACGUACUUCCUCGCGGCCAUGAGCACACCGGCGGUCUGCUCGUGGCUUACUAUCUCCUGGCGUUCCUCUUCGGCGGUAACCCGUUGAUUGUCUCCUGGAUUGUCGGCAACACUGCUGGUAGCACGAAGAAGUCGGUCGUCAUGUCCCUCUACAAUGCCGGAUCCUCGGCAGGCAACAUCAUUGGGCCGUUGCUCUUCAGCAAGAAAGACGAGCCUGCCUAUCAUCCCGGUCUGCGCAAGGUCUUGGCCAUCUUCGUCACCCUCGUGGCCGUCGUCGGCAUUCAGCUGGUCAACCUGAUGUUCUUGAACAAGCUCCAUGCCAAAUCCCGGGUGCGGAAUGGCAAGGCUGCCGUGAUCAAGGACCAUUCCAUGGAGGACAAGUAUGUUCCCAUGGACGAGGAGGUCGAUGAGAACGGACACAAGCUGGGCGAAAAGGCUUUCUUGGAUCUGACUGAUCGCCAGAAUGACGAGUUUACGUAUAUUUACUAG